GCAUAUUUUAUAGACACCGUUGCUUUAAAAUGAACGACAAACGAUCAACGUAGCUCAGUCGUUGCAUUCGCUGCGAGAAAAGCACAUACGAAGUCAACAAAAUGCAUUACGGUAUAUUUUGGCUAUGCGCAGGGUUGCUAUUACUUGCUGGUGGACAGUUAACAAAGGCGUCGAAGGGGCGUGGCUAUUAUUACGACGAUGCGAACCCCGGCAAAUGCACGCUCACUGACACAGUUAUUCUCUCACCAGGCGAAACGGCGAUAUCUUUGACAUUUUGUGGACAACUUACGUGUAAAAAUGAAGAGGGUCUUGGAGAAACUGUAGGCUGUGGUUUCCAUGCGCCGUUAAAAGGUUGCCAAUGGGGCGAUUUUAAGGAUGAGACGGCGCUAUAUCCAGACUGUUGUGAACGCUACCAGAUCUGCGCAUAGAAAACGAGGUAACAACGAUGGCAUCAUGUUGACAUUUGGUUAUUCAGAUGUAAAUUUAAUUUAAUAAAGCGAUUUUAUUUUGCUGGUUUAUUGUA